ACCUUUGAAGCGAAAGCAUCAAAACGAUCAGCAACCAAAGAACGAGAAAAUUUAUUCAGAAACAAUGUGUGCUGAAGAUAAAUAGUUUGAAUAGUAGUGUGAGUUACAACAAUCAAGUGCAGAAAGUCGAAUAUUUUUUUGGUGUUUCGUUCAACUGAAAAAUAAAACAAUUCUUAAGAAAAAAUAAAAUGUGGAAAUUUAAAAUUGUGUUGAACGAGAAUUAACUGAAGAAUAGUGACGACGCCCACGAAGAGAAAUUGAUUUUUUUAUAUGCGUCUUUAAAUUGAUGGAUUUUUGAAGAGUUCUUGUGGUCUUGUUCUGAAUUUGUAGAAGAAGACGAUUAAAAAAAAAAACAAACAAAUUAAAGUCGAACGCAAGCAAAGGAACGCCUUUACCACGAACGGCGUAAACAUCAAAAAAUAACGAAGAAAAAAAACCGUCCAGCCAUCAUCAUGAAUUGGAUUUGUAGUUUGAUUGUAUUUCAAUACACAAUACUGCUGUUGCAAGGUAGACCUGAGACUAGCACUUCAUCUAUGCCCGAAAAGAUCACAUUGGAAAUGGAGCAUCCGUCAUCAGUGUCAGAAAUUUUAACAACACUAGAAAGUGGCCUGCCAUCAGAGAUUGUUAGUGCGGACACGAAAAAACAUUUAUCGGCCAAUGUCGCUAUUUCGACUCCAUCACAAACGACCAAACGUGUCAUGUCCACAACACAAUCGCGAAAAAACGAACCAAUUAAAAAAGCUACAAAAGCACCUGAAUUGGUCAUCAGCAGCAGCAGCAGCACAAUUUCAACGGCUUCGAGCGACAUGGAUUUUAUCGCGAAAACAACAAGACUCAUUGAGGAAUUAAAUGCUAAACAGAAAUCACACGUGACAACGACACCAAAAGCUGACCCAGUUACGACCACCACAGCAAAUGCUGAAAAACCAACAAUCUAUGACAUAAUCACCGAAACGGAAAAAAACCACACGCUAUUCUCAAGCCGUAAUCAACAGCAAUCGAUUUCGAGUAGCACAGUGUCACCACCGUUGGCUCUACCGUUAUCAUCGAAGAUGCCAAUGCAAAAUCAAAGAUCGGACGACACACCAAAAGCGAUCGGUCAUCACGUAGAAAUGCAUCAUAAAGGCGGCCAUCCAGGCAUCGCCGAACCAUUAACAUGGCAACAGCUCGAAUCGGAAAUGUCAAUGGUCGAUCAAAAUCUAAAGGAUUCAUCAACUUCAAAGGAUGGCAUUUCGACGUGGAUUUUAUUGAGUGGUAGUGACAAGCAACCAUCAAUGGUCGCAACACCGGCCACAACAACAAUUGCUCAUGUGGAAAAAGUGGACAUUAAAGAUGAUCGUCAGAAUUAUCGUUUUGGUCACGCUGACAAAAUCGUAAAACCAGUUAAAAAUCGCGAAUCAGUUGAAAAUAAAAAACCAAAACCAGAUAAAAAGAACAAAAUACCUACUUCCACAGCCGCGCCAAAAACAACAUCCCCACUAUCAACAACAAGCGGCAUUCUAACCGCCAGCGAUUUUAUGUCAACAGAACAAAAGAAUCGACGAAAAGGACCGAUGGUGGUCAAGGCAGGCGAGCAUAAAUUGAGACGGAAAUUAUCCACAACCACUACUGCAGCACCAAUUAUUUCUCAUGAAAAAGUCGACAAUAUGCCCGUAUCGGCUGAAGUAAUCGAAACAACAACACCAGUCUCAUUUAUAGUUCUUGAACCGAAAAUUGCCGGAUUCGAUUUGCCACAAGAUCGUUCGCCGGGUACAACAUCCAAAAAACCAUCGAAAAGUAAUGCAAAUAAGAAUAAACGCAAACCAGCGAAAAAGAACAAAGUAACAGCCGUUACAAAAACACCACUCAAAAAUAAAGACAAACCAAUUUCAACAACAAUUUAUAAUUAUUUGUCACGCGAAGUUAUGCCGAGCGUGGGUAUUUUGGGUGCUGGCAUUUUGUUAACCGGUAUUGCUUCUUACUUUUUAAGUCCAUUCGGAGCAUUGCGACGUUCGUAUGAUGAAGCCACUGAUCGCCAGGAUAAUGUUGAUAGCAUUUAUUCGGUAAAUAACGAAGAAUAUGCAAGUGCAGGUUCGGAUAGUGGACAACAUGAAGAGGAAGUUUUUUCAAAAUUCUUACAAGGAAUGCCAUAUCGUGACGUACCGAGAUAUGUGAAAUAUUUCAAACCCGAUCAACAGCAUCCGAAUCAAGCGAUGGGUCCGAAUCAUGCAAUGGGUCCUUAUCGUCAACAGGUGCGAGUUCAACCACAGGCAUCGAAUGUCGUACCAAAAUACAGCCCAUACAUGCGUUAUCGUACCGCACCCAGUCCACAUUACAAUUCAGCCCAGUAUAAUCCACAACAAAGUUAUCCAACCUACCGUAAUCAUCAGAUGAGCACACAGCCAGCGGUGCAACCGCAACCGGCCUCACCUGUUUAUAAUCCACAAUUCCAUGAAAUGCAAAAGCAAAAAUCAUUUGCCAACAAUAUGGACACAAUUCUGAAGCAUCAAACCAUCAUUUACGGAAAAGCAACCAAUGAAAAUGCUGUUGAAGAAAAAUCAAUUGGAAGCGAUAUUCAAGCUGAAGCCGACGACGAGAAAUUGCCACAAGCCGAAGGUCAAAUAAGCGAUAUAAAUGAAAAUGAAACGAUGGAAGAUGUUGCAGCACAAAUGCAACGUCGAACAAAUACAUAUGUUGUGGGAAGUGCAAUCACAGACACACAGCCAGGCGAAGCGGUUGUUUCAGCAUCAAUGACCGCAUCAAUCGAUGGUUUACCGUCGAAAGGCAUUGUAGAGCCAGUUAUCACAGUUACAGCGUCAUCACAUGGGCCGAGACGUCGACGUGAAAUCGAUGCCGUAACGCAAAAAUCAUCAAAUAAAACGAUCGAGCAUGAAAAUCAACAACCAUCAUCAUCAACAACAACAACAACCACAACCACUGCACCGCCAACGCAAAGCACACGCUUAUAUAGUGCAACGGAAUAUUCCAAUUUAGUUUCCGAAUACAAUAUGCUUAGAGAGAAAUUCAUGUCAUUCGAUCGUGACUAUUCGAAUGCAGAAAAUGAAAAAAAAGUUGAAAAGAAAAUGCAAGCCGAAUUUAAAAGCAUAACCACUGAUCAUGAUGCACUGAAAAAAGCCGUUGACGGUGCAAAUGCGAUUGAAACAUUUGAAAAACAAGUGCGUAUACGCGCUAAAAAUUAUGAACUUUCGGUAGUUUUGAGAACGGGCAUUGCAACAUUGCGACAACGAAUUAAGGUUUUAAACGAACUCGUCGAACAUCCCGAAGACGAUCGAAUUAUUGAAAAAAUUAAUCGUCGCAAUGGCAGUACCGAAACUAGCUCAACAUCAAACUCAACGACGACCACAAUUGCACCAGAACUUGAUAACGGUUUUGUUGGAUUUUUGAAAUUGCUUCAGUUGAAAGCACAAUUCGGUUUAAAUUUACUGCAGAAUAUACGACCCAGUUUUGAGCGAGCAUUUGAAGAAGUUUUCAAAAGACCAUAUGAAAAACUACAUUAAAUGUUCAUGCCAAUUUCUCUGCACAUUUUUGUUUACAAUUGAAGAAGAAGAAAAAACCCGUCGUCAAGUCGCCACAAAGCGACAAGGUAUUCUAAUCAUAAAACGUGCGUUAAUUACGCAUUCUUUUUUUUACAUGAAUGAAUGAUUUAAGACAGAACAAAAACAUAAUUACUUUUAUAGAAAAGAAAAAUUCUACAAUUUGAGAUAAUAAAAAACAAGACUAAAAAAGAUGAUGGCACACUUGCGUGAAACAGGAAAAAACACGAAUGGAAAAAAGUGAAUUUUCAGCUGCCGAAAAAAUGAAAGCAAAACAAAAACCAAUUUAAUUAGAUUUUGUCUAUUUUCGUUUUUCUUUCACUUCUCAAUUCACAAAGCUUAGGUCUCAAUAGCUCAUUUCUAGCGGAAGAUCCGAUGACCGAAACUGAUUCUGAAUUAUAUUUUUUACUUUAAAAAUCCAAAUGUGUCUAGUAUAUUCUAUAAUUAAUUACAGAAUGCUUCAAUAUUUUUUAGCGUAGUUCAAAAUCUUGCAAGCAGAAAAAAAAUUAAUUAUUAAGCUAUUUAUUUUGAUAAAAUGGAAAAAAAUCUUCUGAAUUCGAAUUAUAAUGUUCAUUUUAUUUUUGUAGCGAAAAAAAUACAUACUGUUUAGAUUAAGUGAAUUCUCCAAAUAAUAAUGUUAAGCAUCACUCAUAAUAAAUCAUAUAAAAUGCACUAAACUAACAUGAACGACGAAUGCAUCUUAAUAAUAAAUUAAAUUCGAAAUGAAAUUAAAAAUGUCAUGUAUGUUUGUUUGCCAGUUUUUUUUUUGUAAAAGAUCCGAAAUUUCUAAAAAUUAAGAUUGUACUAAGCCCAAAUAAAACUGAUCUUUCCUUUAUAUUGAAUAAAGAGAAAUUGAA